AUGCAUAUUUGUGAAAAUGUGUAUAAGAGACAGCCUAAAGACAAAGAUUUAAAACUUUCUAAACUAACCAAAAUCCUGGGCGAUGACUUCGAUCCUGCUUGGAUGAGUAUAAAUGAACCAAGGAAUAAAAACGUUGAUGUCGUUGAAAUAACGGAUGAGGAACUUCUACAAGAGUUUCGAAAUUUGUCAAUAAAAUAUCGAGACGAGAACGGAAAUCGAGUGCGAGUAAGUGACGAGACAGAAGCAAUCCUAGAAAAAUGGCUAACACAGAAAGCAAACUGUCCAAUUCAGUAUAAAUGGGUUGACCUUGGACAGCUGUUCUGGCCCCGGUGGGUGAAGCGUGGGGAGUGCAUCCAGCGAAAAUGUUCCUGGCCUUCAGGUAUGCAGUGUAGUUCGUCUGAUAUGAUGACAAUUCGACCCCUGCGUUGGCACUGUAUUCGAAAGUCAAAGAGGGACAGGGAGAGGAGGCGAGAGAAACGGGGGUCAUCAAAGUUCAAGUGCCGAUGGAUACCCGUGCCCUACCCCAUGACAUCAAAAUGUAGUUGCCAAUGUAAGGAUUAACUGGAGAAUUAUUUUACCACACAAAAUGGAACAAACAAUAUUUCACGCAUUAUGCGAGUACA